AUGAAGUCUGUAUCGAAGUCAUCGAUAUUGUUUCGACAGAAUGGUCUUGGGGAAUUACUUUCGAAGUUUGUCACUGAAAACGGUAGUGUAAUUCGUCGCUUUAAUAAUUAUGUUGGGGUCAAACAGCACAAAUUGUCGCAUUUCUGUUGUCAGAAAACACCUUCUGUGAUAACUACAUGCAGCAAUAAGGUCAGUACUAACUUUAUGCAAACUUAUAUAAUGCAAGACCCUUGGCCUAAUAUAUAUCACUGGAGAUUACUAGCAGGGGAUUAGAUUUAGAGUCAUUGGACCUUUUAAAUUGGGUAUCAAGAUUAUCCCCAGAUGGAUAAUCAUUAAACUUCAAUUCUGUAAUUCUUUCAAAACUGGGGGGAGGGCAUAACUUAAAGUUUUCAUCUAUAAAAAAACACCAAGUCUGUGGCUUUAAGAUUACCAUAAAAUGUGUCUAAAUGCAUGAAAUAGUGUUUUCGCGGACCCUAAAAAUAGCAAAAUGUUCUGUGCAGCCAUGUCCCAGGAGGGCCAGCCAAUUAGACCCCCCCCCCUUUACUCAAGGAUGGCUGGACAACUAGAUCCCCCAUUGUUUGGGGCCGGCUCUGCCCCUGUAUCCCAGGAAGAGAAGGAUUGGGAUAUACGGUGUAAUUUUAAAAUCGCACUCCUUGGAGUUGUUAUUGGGUUUGUUACCCUAAUUCUUGCGAGGCUGUUUGUACUAAGAAACAACUAACAUUUAGUUUUCUCAAAUUAAAGAGGCGGUCAAGUCUGUUCGGCAGAUGUGCAGUUUGUUUACAUGUUGAAGUCACUAUAUAUUCAUAAAAUAUAAUGUACUUACUGUAGUUAAUAUGUACAGGGGCGUAGGAACCAGGGGGGGGGCAGCCCCCCGAGUUUUUCCAAGUGCCCUUUUUCCGGGAGCAAAGUGCCCUUUUCUUGCGUGAAAAAUGUCUUAAGGGUUGCCUUUUUUUUACCUAAAGGGCACUUUUGAAAACUUGAAUUUAUGUUGUUUUCCGAAAAAAAUUUUCAUUUCCCAGGAAAAUAUGAUAUAUCCGGAAAUUUUUUUGGUAUAUCUGAAAAUUUUUUUCCAUAUUUGGGAAAAAUUGUGUAAUAUCUGGAAAAUUUUUUUUGGUGUGUCUGGAAUAGAUUUUUGAGACCUCCCCCCUCCUCCAAUCCUCCCCCCCCAACCCCCGUUGCCAACUUUUCCAGGAAAAAUUUUUAGAUGCCCUUUUUUAUUCGGAAAGUGACCCUCAAAGCCUGGCCCCCGACUUUUAGAAGCUUCCUACGCCCCUGAAUAUGUAAUAUCUGGUUUGCCGACUAUGCUUUUAAAUUACUAUUAUAUUAGAUUAGAAUUUCAAUUAAGAAGAUGUUGAUUGAAACAAUGAAACAACAUAUCAUUAUUUAUUGCUUCCAUUUUGUUUCCAAUGAAUUUUGUUAUAUUAAAGGUGAUCUACAGUCCGAUCUGUGCAUGACUGUGCACAAAUGAGCCCACUUUUUAUGAUACAAACAGUUUAACUAUGUUUUGAGUUCUUGAAAAGCCUGAUUGUUGUUUCUUGAUCAUUUAUUAUACUCUAGAAGCUUGAAAAUAUAAAUAGUUGUCGAAUAAAGCUCAAUAUUUUGGACACAAAAAUGUAAACAAAGGCUUUGUUUACAUACGGACUGUAGAUCACCUUCAAAGUUUGAAACUUUAUAUUUUUAACAAAGCACAGGUAUGUAAUGCAGCUUUUGUUUGGAUGCAUAGUUUCAGAAAUAUUAUUCAACAAACUCCAAUACUUCCAGCCAGCAAAGUGGCAGUACACCAACACACUUCAAAGAUCUGGUGGGAAAACAUCCUCUUGCAGAAGUUGAAGAAGAGAAACAGAUUGAGCGAAUGAAAUCAGAAGAUUAUAUUUUACCCCAUCCAAUAUGGUAUGUUGUUAACAUUUUAGUGAGAUUCUGUAAAUAUUUAAUUGCAAAUUCAGCGGCGUGGAAUUUGCCACAGAUUCCCUUAUCAACACAGAUUUGGAAGAAGAAGAAUUUAUUCGCACCAGUCAAAAAUACAUAAUUACAAAUUUUUUCCACACAUUAUUAAAACAGAGUUGGCACAGGAUAUCUGAAAUAGCUUUAACACCAAUCGAAGUCAGAUAACCUUAUUAAAGUAUUCGAGCCACUGUGGGUCAACAUUGGGUUUAAGGUCAUGGUGCACAAUGAUUAUACAGAAUAAGAUGCAAAUUAAAAUUUAUAGACAUAUGCAAAAACAAAAGCAAGCAUAAAGCCAGUAAUCAUUAAUUAUAAGUUUGAUUUUAGUUAAUUUGAAAGCAAAUGAAAACAGAAAUAAGAAUAAAGAUAAAGCUAGUAUUCAUUAAUAAAUUUGAUUUUAAUUUUUUUUUGAAGACUGAUUUGGUUAGUAUUUUCAAGCUAUCAUCUAUAUCAUUCCAAAUAUAGGGUCCCUGUGAUCGGAUAGAAAAUUUACCGUAAUUUGUUCUUACAAUUGGUAUACAAUAACUAAUUGUUGUUGCUAGUCUAACUAGUACUGUACUUGUGUUUAUCACUAUAACGAAAAAGAAAAAAUCGUUAAAGACAGUAGGGAGUCUAUUUGUAUAGAAAUCGUGCAUAAAUAAUAAGUUGGACAUCUUUAUUAUAUCAAAGAGCUUUAAAAGACCAAGAUUUUUGAAUAAAGGACUAGUAAGUUCAUCAUAUCUUGAGAAAGUGAUUAUACGUACUACUCGUUUCUGUAAGAGCACUAAUGAUUUCAAGGAAGAAUAGUAGGUGUUUCCCCAAACUAUGGUUCCAUACGUAAGAAAAGGGUAUAUCAAAGAAUAAUAAAGCUGAAGAAGAAUGUUAAAUGUAACAUAAUAUCGUAAUUUUGAAAGAAUGCCUUAUCAACAGUAAAAUUACAAUAAUUUCAAUCAACACCAUAAGCAUACAGGAGGGAAAAUGGGGGGGGGGGGCAUGGGGGUCUGGCAAAAAUUUUCCUGUUGUUUCCAAGUAAUUUUUCUUUAGCUUAUAUAAAUCUCUCAUAGUUUCUGUCAGCGGGAGGGCGCUGGGGUGUUCGAAACAUUUUCGAGACGUCAGUUAAGACUAUGUACUAUAGGCCUUAGAGACUACAUAAUAGAGACAAUAGACAGAAAGCAUGUAUGUGGAGAGCUUGAAGAAUUGGAGUAAUAUACCCAAAUUCAUCACGCAUAUUUUUAAAGCCGAAAGAAAUCUGUACGUGUAUCGCGCUAUAUAUCGUUUAUAUAUAAUAAUGCGCAGCCGCAAGUGGAAGCGUGGUUUAUUGCAGUUUUAUAAUCUCCGUUAACACAGAUAUUAAAAUUAUUCACGACUUACCAAAGGUUUUCAACACAACAUGUAGUACUGGUACUGGUUUUGUUUACUUCCGCAGUACCUGCAUGCGGCCGCAUGCAUACAAAUACAAUACAGAUAUCGUUGAUAGUUCAAGGCAUGAUACAAUUAUGUUCUCAAUCAUCAUCCCAAGCGCCCUCGCUGAAGCAAUUAAAGUGCUCUGACUGAAGACAUAGUUCACUUUGGACGAUAGUAAACGUUUGUUGCUUUGUCUAAGCAACGGAUAAGGCUUACGCAGUUUCAUACUGACCGCCCAUCAAGCGAAUUGAAACCCAUGCCCACUAAUCGACAAGCAGAAUUUAAGUGCGGAAUGAUACUCUAGACUCUAAAGACAUUUAUAGAUCUAUUCAAGACCUUUCAAGACUUUGACCCAGGACAAAUCUAGACUUUUUCAAGACAAAUGUGAUAUAAAAGUCUUUCUAGACAAUUAGAACUGCACAAUUGUCUAGCAAAGGCCUAGAAUUGGUCUUGAAGACCUACACCUGUAUAUGGCUAUAAUACAAUACAAUACUAAAGGGUUAUUGAUCAAGCGUGAGGUCUGUACUGUGAAAUAUCAGACCGAGGUUUUUUAGUAUUGUUAUAAUUUAUUUAAAUAUUCAUGUAUAAUUAAUAACUUAGUGUAUAUAAGUAAUGCAUGUGCUGUUCAAUAGUUAGUUAAUAAAGUUUUAAUCAAACCAGCAAGUUACAUGCAGUAUUACAUUGGCGACGAGGAUGGGAUGAUACGGUGAUACUUUAAUAUGUUUAAUGCCAUUCUGACUCAUAAAUAGCUCAAAUUUACCGCUUGAAAAGUUAGUCCCAUUGUCACUCACGACUGUCUUGGGUAAUCCAUGGGUCGCAAAGAUUUCUCUUAACUUUUCGAUUGUAGCUGUAGAAGUAGUUGAUUUCAUCACGUGUAUUUCCAACCACUUUGAAUAGGCGUCUAUUAGCACAAAGAACAUUUCUCCUUUGUACGGUCCAGCAUAAUCUAUAUGAACUCGUGACCAUGGCUGUCCUGGCCAUUCCCAGGGAUGCAGUGGUGCCUCUGCUGGUGUCUUCUGAUUCUGCUGACAUCUUCCACACUGCUUCAUGUGUUCUUCAAUUUCUUGGUCUAGUCCCGGCCACCAAACAUAACUACGAGGCAAAGAUUUAGUUCUGGAAAUUCCUGGAUGAGCCUCGUGCAAUACCGCUAACACCUGUGCUCUACCUUUCGGAGGUACAAUUACUCUUGUUCCCCAUAACAGGCAGCCAUCUUCCACACUUAUUUCUGUUCUCCGAUUGAAAUAAGGUUGUAAUUCUUUGCUAGGACAGGCAAUGUUCGGCCAAUUUCCAAGGGCAUACUGAUGAACCUUGGAAAGUACUGGAUCUCGUCUUGUCCAAUCACGAAUUUGGCCAGAAUGCAAAGGAAUUGCUUCCAGAAGUUCCAUGAGCUUUAUGGUGUCUCCGGGUAUGGACGUUUCCUCCAGCAUUUCUGGGAGUGGUAAUCGACUUAAUGCAUCAGCAUUCCCGUUCAUUGUUCCUGCUUUAUACUGUAUGUCAUAUUCAUACGCAGCAAGCGUUAGUGCCCAUCGUUGAACUCUGGGUGAUGCCUGUGAUGAGAUCCCUUCUUCUCUCCAAAUAGACCUUCAAGUGGCUUGUGGUCAGUUCGAAUGGUAAAUCUCUUGCCAUAUAAAUACUGAUGGAAUUUUUUCACCCCAAUGAUCAUCGCCAGUGCCUCCUUGUCAAUGGUUGAAUAGUUCCGCUCAGCUGGGUUGAGUGAACGUGAAACAUAUCCUAUAGGACGCUCAGUUCCAUCGGGCAUUUCGUGAGAUAACACAGCUCCUAUUCCGUAAUUCGAAGCAUCGCCGGCCAAAACAAGCUUCAGAUCGGGGUUGAAGUGUAUCAGUAGAUCGGCAGAUUGCAACAGUUCCUUGGCCUUCUCGAAAGCUUUCUGCUGCUCUUGAUUCCAUUUCCACUUUUGCCCUUUCCUAAGCAACUCGUGCAGUGGUUCUAAGAUGAUCGCCACAUUCGGUAGGAAUCUAUGAUAAUAAUUCAUCAUUCCAAGGAAUGCACGAAGUUGGGUCACAUCUCUGGGUGCAGGUGCGUUCUUUAUGGCGUCGAAAGGAAUGUUAUAAUUUAUUUAAAUAUUCAUGUAUAAUUAAUAACUUAGUGUUUAUAAGUAAUGCAUGUGCUGUUCAAUAGUUAGUUAAUAAAGUUUUAAUCAAACCAGCAAGUUAUUACAAGUAUGGACCGAGUGACGAAGGAGCAAGGUCCAUGCAAAAACAGAGGUCUGAUAUUUCAUAGACUUGCUCCAAGUCUCUCUUUCAUUGUCCUAUAGUAUCGGUCCACUAUAGUGUACAUUACACAUGUAAUGUACACUAUAGUGGAUCGAUACUCUAUGACAAUGAAAGAGAGACUUGGAGAAAGUCUAGAUAUUUCACAGUACAGACUGCAGAUCGAACAAGCGAGGUCAACAAUCGGUUUAUUCAGGGGCGGAUCUAGGAUUUUUCGUACGUUAGUCAAAAAUUUCGUUGCUGAACAUUGGGGGAGGGGGGUACUUUUGACUGGCGGAGGGGGUACUUUUGACGGGGGGUAAGAGGGGGGGGGGGUUGCCAAGCAAAUUAAUAUUUUUUAUAUGUGUUCUGUUUACGAAAAAAUGUAACUUAAAAAAUUGCUUUUUGGCCAAAUGUCAAACAGAUAUCCAAUUCUCAUCGAGAAAUAGAUUGACAAGGAUGACUUGACGUUUUAAAAAUUGUUAUUUAAUGGCAUAUUUUUUCCUUUGACAUGGAUGGUAAAAAAAAUGCAAUAUAGUGAUGCAGUUUAAAACAUUUGAUUGAUUGUUAAGCAGGAAGAGAAUUUCCAAGCAGAAACAUGCGCCAUAAAUAGCUAAGUAUUCAUCAUGGCAACAUGAUCCAUUUUACUUGUUGUGUACAUGUUGUAGAGAUCGUAUUACACAAGGCCAUGCUACAUUGUCGUGUUCUUGUAGUUUAAAAUAUUAAAUAGGUAUAAACAGUGUUAUUAAGUAGCGAUCUGAUUAAUAUAUAAAGUCUACAUGUCACAAGAAGCAUAAACAAAGUAUAAACACACUGAAACUGCCUGUAUUAAGCCGCAGUAUUUAUAUAAAUUGACGAGAAAUAUUAUGUAAAUUUCAUCUCGUAUUAUUAUACGUCUUAUACGCGUACCCGCCGAUAUUAUAGCAUGCAUGUGUCACAUGUGCGUACAGACGCACAAUCCACCACAGUAUACAACAGUUAUAAUGCUAUAUCUAGUUAAAAUAGAAUAUAUAUAUCUUAAUUUAAGGCCGUACAAAAGAUUUUUGUCUUCUCUCGAACGUACUCCAGGAUGUAAGAUUCCGCACCAAAAUUUCGUGCGAGGAAGGCUGCUUAUGUUAUUCACAAGUCACAACGCUCAAUAAAUUAAGUCAAAAUUUUAAUAGAAAACUUCGGUACACCGUUAUCGCUUGUUUAAUUAAUCAGCUUCAAUAUCUUUGACAUUUUGUCGAUCGUAUUCUCUAAAGCAGCCUUUACAGUUUCGUAAAUACUAACAGACAUGGCUGGUAUUAGUUCAGAAUUUCGGAUCGUAAAUCUUCCCAUUGAACUUUAAUAAUUUGCGGUCAAGCACAAAGUAGCGAUCAGAAAGGGCCAGAAACGUCAUAGACCUUUCCGUGCACCAAUGAAGCCUGAACGGUAUGAUCGAUCAAAAAAAUCCAGCCAAUGGGAAUUCAGGAUUGUUUUGAAUUAGCCAAUCGGAUAGCCUGUAUUCGAGCCCCUGAUCGCUAAAAAGCGAUCAGAACUCCCCACAGAUCGCGCAAAAAUCGAGAUAGCCAAUCAGAUGACUGGAAUCUGACUCAGAGCGUGCAAAACUCAUGCGUAAGACCGCUUUUCUGCGCGUUCAUGUUCGAAGGCCUUGCUACUGAAUGAUAUUUCAAAACUGUACUGUUAAAAACUUUCAAUAAUUUAAAAACUUUCAAUACAUUACACUGCGCGAAGUUUGAUAACUGGACUGCUAUUUUAAUUUAACAAUUUCCAUUUUUCUGGCCAAUUUUUACCUUAGUCGCGUGAUCGCUCUGAUCACCCCUAGAUCAGCCCCUGGGUUUAUUAUAUGGCUGAACUGAGUCUGUGAGCAUAUGCUUUCCGUGAAAAUUAAAUCUGCUAUCGUCAGUUUCACUGGGUAACAAUAUACGGUAGGCAUGCAUGCUCAAUCAAAAACAGUUUGGUUGUGUGAAAUUUUUAUCUGUAAAGCACAAUUGGAAAUUUAAAAAGCAAAUAAUUAAAAAAUUUUUCCGUUUGCAAAGCAAAAAUUUCCCGCCAGAUAAGCGACAUCCGGGACAUCGGUCCAGAUACGGAAAAUACGGACCACGGUCCGGAUAUGGAUUUUUACGGACCGCUUGUCAACCAAUCAGAAUAGAGAAUUUUGAAAAGCCAUAUAAUAAAGUAUUUUAUUGACAACUCCCCGAGAGGGGGUUUUCAGUGACAAUUUUACAACAAUUAAAUAGAUACUAUAUAUUCCUAAUUAAAACAUGCAAGAACUAGUAGUGUUAACUAGUUGACAAAUAUUCGUUUAGAAGAUGCUUCCUUAACUUACUUUUAAAAGUACUUAGACAUUCACUUGUCUUCAGAAAGAAUGGUAAGUUAUUCCAUAUGUUGACAAUUCUAUAAGAGAAUGAUCUUUGUCCUGCUUUUGUCUUACACAUUCAGGAAUAUGUAACUUUGCUUCAGCGAGGGUGCUUGGGAUGAUUAUUGAGAACAUAAUUGUAUCAUAUUCCAUAGACAUUUGAUAGACCUAUUUAGACCUUUCAUUUUCCUACGGGUUUGUAAAAAGUCUUUAGUAGUGUGAGAACAGAAGAAACAAGCACAGUUAUGCUUUAUACAACAAAAUUGUAGAUAAAAUUGGUGGAAAAUCCUUAGUUAUGCUACAGUAGCAAACAGUAGCAGGAUGGCCAAUUUCCUCUAAUCCUGUUAAUUUACUUUAAAAUAUGGCGAAAUUUGAAAUGCAACCACCUUACACGUCGUGUUUAUUCCCAUUAUACAGACGACAUAAUAUGAAUUGUAUAUGACAAAUUGCAGCGUAUCAAUGUAUCUUAAUACAGUACGUACAGUACGUACAGUACUGUUAGAGUUGUAGUGUUUUAUUCAUUGAUCAGUUGUAUUUACGUGUAUUUGUAGGACUGAAGAAGACCUUUACUCAGUUUCAAUUUCACAUCGACAACCUGAAGGAAAAGUGGAUAAGGUCUGUUUAUUGUAGUCCCCUGUAUUGCAGUAAUGGUUACCGGAACAAAUCAGAUGUGUUCGACAUACCCUAAACCUCCGAACAUAAGCCCCCCGAAUAUAAGCCCCCCCCCCGUGUAUAAAGCCAACCACAUGUACUAACGCUCACCUUAUUCCAAAUAUAAGCCUCCCCGAAUAUAAGCGCCCCUCAUUGUCUUGUAUGUUAAUCAAAGCGCGUUAUUACUCUCGAUUUCAAUUUGCUUUUCAAAACUGACUUCCAAUGUUUACUUGUAAAUUCGGAAUGUUCGUUGUAAAGUUCCGAAGUUUGUUUCGAAGUUCGUUACGAUGGUUUACGAUGAUUCAAUAGCAAGCGAUUUGAUUGGCUGGUUCACUUAACUAGUCAAUUACAACUUACUAAACUUGAUUAUCGUAAAUCAUCGGAACGAACUUCGAAACAAACUUCGGAACUUUACAACGAACAUUUCGAAUUUACAAGUAAACAUUGGCCGAAGUCAGUUUUGAAAAGCAAAUUGAAAUCGAGAGUAAUAAAUGUUUAUAUUCCUGUUUAUGACUGACUUGUUCAUUACACAGUUAACUGUGUUUAUUACUAACACAAAAUAUAGUCCAUGUAUAAGCCCCCCCCCGUAUAAUAAUAAGCCCCCUUUGUAUAAGCCCAUCUAAAAUCGUUUACGAAAGAGUAUAAGCCCAGGGCUUAUAGUCGGAGGUUUACGGUAUCCGAUUAACCAGUCAGGGGCCGGUUGUACGAAGGUCGGAUAGCGCUAUCCACCGGAUAGUGAUUUUUUCAACCUUUGUAAAAUGCUUGAAAAACUGCGAAACUACAGAUAUACACGACACAGGAACUAUAAAAAAAACAACAUUUCACUUAUAAAUACUUAACUUUAAUACAAGUUAUACCAAUCAACGACUGAUUUAAAAAAGCUUGAAAAAAUCACUAUCCGGUGGAUACGCUAUCCGGCCUUCGUACAACUGGCCCCAGAUGCGUAGCAAGAAGAAGUAGUGCAUGGAAGUCGAAUUUGUCUUCUCUAAUAUAACCUAGAUGAUCGACCCAUGAUUGCAAAGGGGCUUUUGAUAAAUAUACGAAUGAACGAAUAAUUAAUCCUACCUUUUUCUUAAUAAAAUUUUACAGUGAAAGUCCUGGUCAAUAUACUGUACAACGCGUAUGUAAUGCGGUGACCAGCAAUAUCUGCGGUGAUCGAUCUUCAAUAUCCGUAAUAAUGCGGUGAUCUGUAUAUCAAAUUAUCAAUAUCCUAUGAUUUGAGCUCGUUCAAACUUCAUCGCAAUUUUUUUUAACUUAUGAAGACUUGCGUUACAUUUGAACACAGAAAGCAAAUCCAAGCAUGCAGGUUUCAUGAACAUGCUUUUGUCGUGGAAAUGUCAAAAGAGUCCAUUAUUUUAUCCUUCAAAAUGGCCACAAAAACACCAUCGAAACAUUUCCAGUACAAGCGAAAACGUCACAGCCAAGCGAAGAGGAAAAAAGAAAUUGUCCAACUCAAAAAAUGAAAAUGAAAGUCGGCAAUGAUAAAGUCAAGAACGAUUGACUCGAAUGCAUGACCUGCACCCGCUAAGGGCGCUAAUAUAUGACUACUCAAAUCCAUAAGUUAACUGGAUAUUUCAAGUUUGAAUUAAAAUGCUUAAGGUGGCUCGAUAUACUUUUCAAAAAUUCAGCUGUUCAACACACAUGUUCAAACUACGCAUUUUUAGGAUUUAUUCAGCAGAUAUUGUUUUUUUAUAUAUUUUGAUAUCCCUACUGUACUUUCAAAUUAUAGUAGUUUUGGUAACAGAUAGUUCGUUGCUAUGACGAUAUAUACGAGUACGAAAUUCACUCCAAAAUGGCCUGUCGCCUUGUAUUGUUGGAAAAGAACCAUGGUGACUCCUAAUUUUUUUCGUGCAUUAUUUAACUUGGAAGAAAAACUAACAAUUAGCAAAAUAUUAAAAUAAAAAAAUUCUGUCAGGGCCAUUUUUUUGGAAAAUGCGAAAAUGUCGUACUCUUCGGUGGAAUGUUUUAGGCAUUACAGAAUUUUUUGUAUAAUGAAAGAUUUUAGCGGUGCAAUACAGCAUGCAAAAUUUGAACAUAGAUCACCAGACAAAAUAGAGAGAUAUAGCGCAUUGUUUUUCUAAAAUUGAAAAUUUUCAUGACGUCAGCAAUUGAUAUAAAACUCUAUAGAACACGCGCAAUGACGUGAGAUGGCGCGAGCAACUACUCGCGUCAGGUCAUUUCGGAAGCUCUCGCAUUUUGUUAUUAAAUCAGUUUCUGCGACCUGCGCGUAAAAAUGGUCACCCGGUAUUGUUCGCGAUUCUUGAGCAGGGUUUUUGCGAUAACUAUAUCGAGCCCCCUUAAAUUGAUUGUUACAUUCAAAUUAGGAAAUCCUAAAAGUUUAUAUAGUAGGAAAAGGCAACUAAAUAAAUAAAAUUGCUUCCACUGAUUAAUAUUUAAUGUCAACGAGCUUACUGUAACUCUGCAUAUAAGUGUAAUCAAUGACUGUACUCUUGGUUUCUUGCAGCUUGCUUAUUACACUGUUCAAGCCCUACGAGUGGCAUUUGAUAUUAUUUCCAUGUACAAAAUUGGUAAAAUGACAGAAAACAAGUGGUUGACGUAUGUUUUAACCCAUUUAAUAUUUUACAUAGUCAUAGUGUCGUAUACAAUUUUAUAGAAUAUUUUACAUUAGCAUACACUCCGGAGGUGGAUAGUGCUUUUCUCGCAAUUUGAUUGGUUGCUCCGGAUAUCCUUGCACUAUAUUCACCUCCAGUCUGUAGAAAUUAUGUGGAGGUAUUCUUUAAAGCUAUUGAAGCUAUUUCUAAUGACUAAAAAUGAUACAAUUACCGCGAAAGCGUGUACAUACUGGGUUUUUUUGCAACUAUUACCGGAGCUGAAAUACAAAAUAAUUGUUUUAAUAAAUAUUUUUGUUGUUUUUUUGGUCAUUUUUGUUUUGUUGUGGUAUAUGCUAAAACAAUCAUUCACCUCAGUGUUGGUGAAUAGUGCGUUUUGCACUAUUCGCCAACAUUGAGGUGAAUAAUUAUUGAUUAGAUCACUCAAUCAUAUUUUUCUGCAUUUGUAGCCGAAUUAUUUUGCUCGAAACUGUUGCUGGUGUUCCUGGUAUGGUUGGUGCAAUGACAAGACAUUUUCACUCUCUUAGGCGAAUGAGAAGAGACCACGGAUGGAUACAUACGCUUCUCGGUAAAACCAGCACCCAAUCAAAUUUGAAGAUAAGAUUAUUUUUCACACGUGUGCCGUCCUUCUAAACUCCAUAGAAGAUAAUCAAUUCAAAGUAGUUACAACCACUAGUGGUUGUGUCAACUUUUCUGUUACAAAAACUAGAGAGUGACUGUUUGUAUACUGUAGGCCUGGAAUUUCCAUAAAAUCCCUCAACGGCAUGCAUGCAAUAAUGUAAAAAUUUGCCAUAAAGUGUAGCGGCUUUCUGCGCAUUUUCAUCACUGGCUGCUAAGGAAACCAGAAUCACAUUUUUGAAACACCGCGGAAAAACGUCUGCGCAUGCGUCAACCUUACCUGUAAUAGUAUUGCGAACUUGAUGAGAAGCUGUUCCGAACGUUUCCGAAGGCUCAAAAUGGCGGUAAAAAGGAGUGACUUCAUUGUGCGUCUUUACAGCCAGAUUUCGAGCGCAAAAAUAAACAUGUCAUUCUAAAAACUAGGAAUAAAUACAGCCAGAAGGUUCAAGAAAUUGUAUUGUACAAGAACAUGAACUAAAGGUGAUUGUUGACAAAUUUAUCGUCUGAAACAUUUUGUUUAUCAACUAAGCAACGACAAUUUCCGUAUUUUCGUUUGAGAUACAUUUCUUUAAAAAAAACUGUGUCGCCAAAUAUAAAAAAAUUUCGUGUUCACAAUAAUUAAUCUUCAGGAUUUAUUCUACAAUUUGAGUGGGUUAAGAAGCUUAACUUUUCAAGAGUUUUCUUAACUUUUUAGUUUGAAUUUUUGUUUUGAAUAAUUUUGCAAAAAUUUUCGAAGUCGUGUCCGUUAAAAUCAACAAUUUUUUACAUGAAUUAUAUUUCAUUCCAUACUUUAAAUCCCAGGACGCUUUCAAUUAAUGUCUAGUCUAUCCAUUUGCUAUAUUUUCUCGUUUGUUUUACUAAUUUUUGACCAAUUAAUAAGCAUGUUUUUGUUUUAGAAAUUGAUAUUCAAAUUCCCCGCCAUAUUUUCAUAAUUUGGUGCAUGCGCAGACGUUUUUCCGCGGUGUUCAUUUUUGAACGAAUAAACUCGAUUUCAUGUGGUUAUCCCUCAUAUUUCGUGCACAGUAGAUUUAAUGAAAGGCAUGUGAUUGCGAUCAAGAUCAAAGAUAAAAAGUUUUGUGCACCAAAUAUAUGGAAUAUAACCUUCAUGUGCGCCUGCCGUGUUACAUGGCAAACGCGUAAACGAGGCCAUUGGGGGCAAAAGUGCAAUAGAAGAACAUAGAGGCUAUGGAUUUACAAAGCACAUAAUGUUUAGGUCAACUGCUUGUUUGCAACCCAUGCAAUUAUAGGCAUUGAAGACUAUUGCAUAUUAUCCAUUGAUUAGAGGAGGCAGAAAAUGAACGAAUGCAUCUCAUGACUGCAUUGGAAUUAAAACAACCUGGUAUUAUCUUCCGUGGUCUGGUUUUAAUGAUGCAAGGUGAGUAUCAAAGCUGGAUUAGAGACAACUUUUCUGGAUCAAUAAAAGUUUUAUUUUAUGAAGUUUGGAAAUAAACCGAAAGUGCAGAAAUACACAAAUCAAAACAGCACAUUAUAUUUUAACCCUGGGUGUGCGCUAAUCGUGCUUAACAACCGGCCCUGACAAAGUUUGUGAACAAAUAUUUUCAAAUUAUGAACAGAUGUUGGGGAGUAUGCUUUGACUGACGUGAUCAUUUAUCAUGAGCUGAGGACGCGGAACAGGGGAUGGGUCCUGAGGGCCGAUGUAACUACAAAAUUAGAGAAAUGCCCCUAUUUAUCACCCCUGAGAUGCUUCUGAGGCCUAUGACCAAAAGGUGUAUACUCCUUCUGAUUAAUUUUAGGGGUAUUUGUCAACAUGCUUUUCAUUUCAUACCUGCUAAGUCCUCGAUUUUGUCAUCGGUUUGUGGGUUACCUGGAAGAGGAAGCUGUCAAGACGUACACACAUUGCUUAGAGGUAAUCUAUGUGUAAGCAAUUUAAGUUUAUAGAGAGAUAGCUGGAAAAACUGUAUAAGAAAGCUGUUACAAUAUUUUUCAACCGUGAACACCUUGGCUUGGUAGGCUAAAAGCUAAGUAUGCAUCGCAUGAAAUCUAAGGUAAAAUGUUUAAAGAACUAUAAGAUUUCAAGUUAUAUACAAAAGAUGGUCAUAGUAUUAUGUUGGCAAGCUAAUUGUCCUCCCCAAUAGUGACGACACUUAACAUUGUCCAUUAUAUAAUUAUCACAUAAUCCAUUGAAUGUCGUACCGUGAUCGCCUUAUAUAUUCACUACUAUAAAGGCCCAUGUAAUUUCCUUGACUCCUGCUACUAACUUCCCGAUGAAGUUCCUUCGCUCGAAACGUCGUAGUUCUCCUCGUAUUUUUCAAGUAGUUGCAUCACUAUCAAUCCGCAGCUUUCUUAUUAUUGGCACUACCUACACUAGACAGACCGAAUGGGCUACUUACAUAUUCAGUUCACUCAAGACAAACGUUUGCUAAUUCUUCAUCCAAUUUUCAUCCAAAUUUAGGCCAAAAUUUAUUCAAUUUGUCCUCAGGUGAUGCCCAUUAGUCCCACAAAUUUUCGUAUUAAAUCUAUUUAACGUAUUUCCUUUUCACUUUUAUAGACAAUAGAUAAGGGCGCACUAAGUGUGUGGAAUACAAAACCUGGACCGGUAAUUGCUAGAAAGUACUGGAGACUAAAGGUAAUGACUGUAUACUAGGGAGAUACACAUCGGUGCAUGUAGUAUGUGAUCGAAUCUGAACAAGUAGGGCACCUGUAUCUAAGUUUAGUGAUUUCCUAAACAGUGUGUCCCCCCAAAAAUGCAAAAACUAUAGGCAGGCUUCAGAUUUUGCACAGCUAUACAAUUAUUAUUAGUAGACAUCGAAAAUUCAGUCUAGGAGAUGAAUUUUCACACUAAGAUUAUUUGUCUAGUGUAUAGCAUAUUAAAGUAAAGGGUCAUCGAAUCUAUUGAUACUUAAUUACAUGUCAAUGGAUGCAUGAUUAAUUAAUCGCCCAUUGAGUAAACAAGGCACUUGUCUAUGUUAACAGCUUAACAUAUGAUUGAUUGGUUCUGCUAUAGAACAAUUUUAAUAAUCUUAUUGUCAAAGUUCAUCUCUUAGAUUGAAUUUGCGAUGCCUACUAAUAACAAGCUAUGUAAAGAUCUGGAACACAACUAUUGCGUAUUCAAGGGGUCACCCUCUAUUUGUUUAUCCCAGUUUUUGCUUUUUAUUGCUGUUAACCAACCCGUUCUUAGUCAAUCCUAUUUCCAUAAAUGUCAUCUUUUAAUGAUUAGCACUAAAAGAACAAAACUGACCUGAACCGUAUAUACAGGGUGUAAAAAAAACGCAACUUCAGAAUUUCCCAAGAAAUCGACAUUGUUUUUAGGGACAAAAGAUUUUAGGGGACGGGGAACUGUCAAAAUUACUGCACACGCGAGUACAUAAAGCAAAAUUUAUGCAUUUAUUUAAUAACACUUAAUAAGUUUUUAUUUACAAGUACAGUACAACAACAGUAAUAUGAUCUAUUAGCAAUUCGAUUUCAAUUCCCAGGGGCCUAAAAUCUUUUAUGCUUGAGAAUUACAAAGUGGAUUUCUUGGGAAAUUUCGAGGUUACGUUUUUUAUAUACACCCUGUAGUUAAGCCGAUGCUAGACCACGCGUAAUUUCUCCGCUCGCUACACCCUGUGGCAGUGAGAAACAAAUAUUAUGACUGAUAUUAGUGUCAAACAGUUCAUAUAAUUGUUUAUGGUGUUUUCAUGUAGCUAUGUAAGUGUACAUUAAGUCUAGAUUUAUCGUCUUAUAUAUCACUUCAAAAAAUCCCUGGGUAUAUUUUGACUCAAAAACUACUAAAAUUAUAGUCUAUUAAGAUAUGAUGGUCUGGAAACUAAACAGAAGUCAAUUAGUUACUCGCUGGGGCACCUGUGCCCCGGGCGAGUAUAGGUUUCGGCAUGGUUCUCCAAUCUCCGAUCGUCGAUAGCCACAAAAUAGAAUAUUAAUGAGCUGCCUAAUCCCCAAUUAUCCAUAAGAUUCCUGCCAAAUUUUACCCAAAUUAUCCAUAAAUAACCCUGCAUUUUGAGGAAAAUUGAACAAUUUUACAAGGAAUUUCGCACAGAAACAGCAACCUUCGCAAAUCGCAAGUUUAUACGUUUGGCUGCGCUGCUUUAAUAUAUUUUGAUAAGAAAGCGACACCGUUCGAUUCAGCGUAAGAAAUUGUACUCACGGAUGUCAAACGUAGUACAAAACAGGAGUAUUCCAGCGAUUUAUGGCCUUUGAAAAUCAAGCGAAAUUGGUCAAAUUGUAUUGUUGAUAAAUCGCUCGCAGUACGAAUGUCCUUGUAUUUGUAAUGUCUCAUGGCGCAAAUAACGAUAAAAUAUCACUGUUCGAUUCAGGGUAAGAAAUUGUACUAAUUACGGAUGUCAAAUUAUUACUAGACAAUAGUAUUCUAGCGAUUUAUGGCCUUUGUCUUUGAAAGGCAAGCGAAAUUGUAUUGUUAUUGUUAACAAUACAAUUUCGCUUGUCUUUCAAAGACAAAGUGUCAAAGGCCAUCUUAAAAUCGCUAGAAUACUAUUGUUCAGUAAUAAUUUGACAUCCGUAUAAAUUAGUACAAUUUCUUACCCUGAAUCGAACGGUGAUAUUUUUAUAGCUCAUACGGAUGUCAAAUGUAUUACUAAACAACAGUAUUCUGGCGAUUUAUGGUUUGUCUUUGAAAGCCAAGCGAAAUUGUAUUGUUAUCAAAUCGCUCAUACGGAUGUCAAAUGUAUUACUAAACAACAGUAUUCUGGCGAUUUAUGGUUUUAUCUUUGAAAGCCAAGCAAAAUUGUAUUGUUGAUAACUUUGGUAUCAUUGGUUUUCUCUUUUUCGGCCGUAUACCAGUGGAUUCGUCUUACUUCUCUCUUCAUUUUGAUAGUAUUUUGAGCCGAAAGCUCCCAAAUAAAGCGCAGUUUAUUCCUAGCAUACGGACCAACUGGCGGCUGACAGUCUUAAUUGAAGGAUGUAGCGUAUUAAAUAUAACUUUACUUGUAGGGCCUACCGCAUUUUAGUACUGUGUUAAGCCUUUUGCGCUCGUAUUCGACUUUUCCGCUUAGUAAUGUGCGUAUUUGUAUGACUUGUAUAGCCCCAGCGAGUUAACGCUCCACAGAGUGUCUUGUUUAUGUUAAUUUGUGCACGGUCACGGUUUUGAGCUCAUUGUAUUUUCGUAUAAUUAAGUAACCGUCCAAUAAGGAUAGCUGAGAUAUCAGACGUGUAAUCACGAUAAAUAAUAUUUAACGAAGUUGAGACAAAGGUUUGUGCACGACUGCAUGGUGAGGUACAGUUCAACAUCAAACAAAAGUCUUCUAUUUUGUAGCUUUGAAGUUUGCCAGGCUUCCAGACCAUCAUAUCUUGACAGACUAUGCUAAAAUAAUGCACCCAUAGUGACUCAACUUUUGAGUAAAAUUGCUCAAAUUUAUGAUUUACUUCACUCAAAAAGUGAUUGAAUUUGCUCAUGAAUUUGGGUAAAUAUUACUGAAUAUUUAUUUUGAGUCACUGUGUGCGCUUUUUAUUCAAGUUUUUGUGGCAAAAUAUUUUGCAGUGUAUACGUACAAACAUGAUUAAGACCAUCCAGGAGAAACUCCAUGAACCCUACCAUAAUAUUUUCCUUGACCCUAGAGCUAUUGUUUAAAAUGUAUUGUGUUAUUGGUUUCUUCGGUUAGUUUCACAACGUUUCACGUUAUUGCUGAUUAGUAUUUAAAAUUUCUUUUCAAUCUAUUUUAAAACUAUUUUUAUUUUUCCAAGGAUGACUGCACUAUGCGAGACGUGAUUCUUGCCAUUCGUGCAGAUGAAGCUCAUCAUCGGAAAGUCAACCACACUUUCGCAUCCAUGCACCUUGAUCAACAAAAUCCAUUUGAACCAUGGGAACGAAAAUUGUAAAAUAGCACAUGGAACUAUCUUUAGAUAAAUAUAAUGAGUAAAUGACACUAUAUUUGUAUGUAUAUUAGUUCAAAACGAAGACAUUUUUGAAUAGACACCCAAGGCGGACAAUGUAAUGUUUUUGAAUAGACACUCGAGGCGGACAAUGUAAUGCAUUGUAAAUAUUGAAAGGAACCGAUCAUUAGAAAAGUGGUAGUGGUGGAGCUUGCGUAAAUUUCGUUUGUGUUUCUGUUGCACAAUUGUUUUCUUUCUUUGCGCGAAUUUUUUGUUUACCCUUCACUUUUCUAUAUUGCGAUCAGUGGAAAAAGUCUUAACACUUUUCGUUUUGCCGACAUUUUUGGCCAUCUUGUUCUGACUUAGUCCUCAGGAGAUUUUUGAGCAUCUCCUGAUUAGUCCCUGCGAACGAGAUACCCAGAGAUCUCGCAGCUUCGAUUCCUGCCAGAGUGCAUUUUUCGCAACUGCUCCACGUUAGGUUUAGAAGAAGGGGUGUAGAGGAGGGGGCUCAGCCUCCCUUGUUAGGUGCCCGGGAAGCUGGCCCCCUUUUUAUAACUUUCAUGCUGAUUUGGGAGAUGACUUCCCAAUAUUUUGCAGAUUGCAUAUUCAUAAACUGGAAAGUUAUUUGUAACUGUUGUGUUGAAAUAAUGCGGUAAUGCAUGUUUAUUAGUAAUCUGUACUUUAUAAGAUUACUAUGAUCAUACUAUUAGGUAAUGUAUGUGACUCCAACAUGAAAUAGCUAUGGUAUAUCGGAAUCUUUUAUUUGAAGUUAAGUCCUUUCUUCCAAAAAAAACACUAUUUGAAAAAUUACUAGAAUCCCCCCCGGCCCCAUUAAGAUAGAGCUGAUAAAAACUCUGCAGUAUACGUUUUCCCAUUUGUGUGACAUGAUUGUAAGUAUACUGAAAAAUAAUGAGCUGUGCACGUAUUGUCGAAACACCAAGUGACAUUGAGUUAAAAUUUAAAAUGAACUACAUAAAUAUUUUCUGAAGUCAAUGAUCGUUUGAGAUCAAUUCUGACUCAAAAUAUUAGACAUUAUGCACACUUAACCCUUGGCCUUGCAAUGCAUGCUGAGGAUUGAAUGCACCGUGCUUACUUAAUUCAAGUCCCGCAAUCCUUUCCGAAAGGGAAUGUACACAUAUGAAGCAAAUAUUAUUUUCCUUCAAAUUCCUCAAGAAAAGUUUAGAUUUGCGAAGUUUUUUGCACACCUUAGGGGGUGCGUGAACAUACAUCCUUUUUGUAACACAUGUUUCAUCACAAAGUGUGUAAUUUGAUGGUAACACCGCUUUGUUCAGAUAAGAGAGAGGUUAAGAUACCCUGGUUCCGGUUUACGGGUACGCGUUACCGCAAUUUUUCCUGAUGUCAGCAUUUUUACCCCUGUUUCUAUCCGUUUCCCCGCGGUAAACCACGGUCUACGUUCGUUCCCUCUUUAAAUUGUUGUACACUUACUGAAAGGAACACUUAAUUAAUUAAUGUAUAUUAUUUAAAUUGUUCCCCCAUUCAUGGUUGGGGUAUUUGACAACUAAAUCCAACUAGUGGGUGGGGAAUUUGACAGAAAAAAAUUCAAAAUGUCAAAUGCCCCUGGGUCUGCCCGCCCUCCCAGGGUGGUGGAAACAAGUGAUAGAUGCAUAGGCCAGGCAUUAUAAAUAGGGCCUGAAUUUCAGGUUGAGGCAGCCUCGUCCCCAGGCGCUUUGAUUUGCUGCUCCAAACCAGAGUUGGAGCCUGGGGACAAAGCUGACCACGAGGUGAGGUAGGUAAGCCCUUCGAGUUAAGCCCCGACAAUGCCCAAACCACACCCAUACAUUUUCGUCAAGGGCUUAACUCGAAGAAAGAAACACAUUAACUUGGAAAGUUCGAAUUAAGCCCCAUGAAAAAAGAGGGGCUUAUUAAAACUCGAAGUCAUUCGACACUCGAGUUUAAUUAAGCCACGACAUUUGAGGCAUGUAAAAGAGCAAUGAUUUGAGUCGUCCGCAAUCUGGCUGGAAAUAGUUAUCGUACUUCUCGGCUUAAAGCGGGUUUUCCACUAGCGAAUUUUCUCGCGCGAAGAGAGCUUUUUCCUUUGUCGGUAUCACUUAUUACGUCCAUAUAUAUCUUAGGCCUGUUUCAAACGUCGCGCUUCUCAUCUGCCGAACGCACUCGAAACAAUAGAUAAUGAGGCAUUUCAGCUGACUAUAUAUUGUUUUUGAUGCGUUCAGCACAUGAGAAGCGCGACGUUUGAAACAGGCCUUAUACGCACUAGAUAGUGCAUCUAAUUAUUCUGCAAUUCAAAAAUUGAAGCCGUGAUUGCAGACUCAGGAUAUUCCCAUGAAAAGAGAAAAUUCGUGUGUUUUCUAUUUCUUAAACAAGGAACUGAAACAUUAAGUUAAACCUAUUCCAAAUACAUUUUUAAACUAUUCAAAUGAUGAAUUUUAUUGUUGUUUUUUAAGCGUUUAUUAGCGAGUGGGAACUACCAACAUGGCCGCCAUCUAUUCAACCAUUUGAAUGUAACCGCUGGAAUAUUCUUGGCUUCAAUUUUACUAAAAGAGAUGCGCUAUCUAGGCCCCGUUUAGACUAUACCGGAUUGCUAUCGGAGUGGGUCAAAUUUUGUAGGUAUCGAAAGGCUGUGAAGAUUUUUAAUCUCAGAGACCCAAAUAAACAUGCCAAUUCUGUCAAACUAAUAAGCAUUUGUUACUAACCAUUGCUCCGUAACGGCAAAAGAAGAUGUCGUGACCAGCGAAUCCGGUAUAGUGUAAACAGGACCCUAGUGUAUAUAAGAUAUCUAUGAUUACGUCAGCAGACGUGUGGUAAUGCUGACAAAGGAAAAAGAUCGCUUCGCGCGAAAAAAUACGCUAGAGGAAACCGGCUUUAAGCUGGUUUUCCACUAGUGAAUUAUUUCGCGCGAAGCGACUAUUUGCUUUUGUCCUUGACUCUUUCGGCUGGAACCAUUUGAACUAAUUACGGUUUUGGACAAAAGAAUAAAGUCGAUUCGCGCAAAAAUUCGCAAGUGGAAAGCCGGCAUUACGACCAUUAGUUGGCCGUCGAUUUUAUCAAAUAUUUGGCAAGUAGGUCUACGUGUUGGUUCCGGCAUUCGGUUUGACAGCUUAUGGAUUUAUUGGCUUAAUGCACAUUUUCAUUGUUUUGAACAGGUUAUUAUUUUCAAGAAUCGACAUGCGCAAGUUUACUUAAUGCAACGUCAUUAUUUAAUGUCAGGAGGUUAUUAUUACUAAGCAGAUUGGAAUUACCUCCAAGUGUUAUAAACUGGAUAAUUGAUUUUCUCACCGAUAGAUUUCAAAGAGUUAAAUUAGCUGAUGAUUGUUUUUCGGAGUGGGGAUCAGUCCCUGCAGGAGUACCACAGGGAACUAAGCUAGGCCCCUGGCUGUUUGCUCUUAUGAUAAAUGAUUUAAUCAUUGAUGAUGCACAUACCUGGAAAUACGUAGACGAUACGACAGCGUCCGAAAUUGUCAGUAAGGGGGGUACUAGUGAUGCCCAAAAUAUAGUUGAUCAAGUGGUUACGUGGUCUAGUAAUAAUAGAGUACAAUUAAAUCAAGACAAGUGUAAGGAAUUGAGAAUAUCGUUCGCGAAUCAACCAGCAAUCUUUGAUCCAUUAACCAUUAAUGGGAAAGAAUUGGAAGUUGUUAAAACAGUAAAGCUGCUAGGACUCACUGUCAAGGACAACCUUAAUUGGUAUUCUUAUGUGGACGAGGUUAUAAAGAAAGUGAAUAAAAGAUUGUACAUUUUAGUGCAAUUAAAACGAGCGAGAGUUCCACCACAAGAUUUAGCGCUGUUCUAUACGUCGUGUGUCAGGUCAGUUGUGGAUUACGCGAUUCCUGCCUUUUACCAUUGUCUCCCACAAUAUCUGAAGCGUGAGUUAGUGCGUCUCGAGAAAAGAGCUAUAUCAAUUAUCAUGCCGGAAGUUGACUAUCUAACAGGUUUGGAACGAUUAGAUAUUAAGCCCAUGAAGGAUCAUCAUGAAUAUUUAUGUGACAAACUUUUUAA